AUGAAAUUUAGUUAGUUUGUAUUGUUAACUACAUUAGUGUUUAGUUGUUCAUACGCUCUUGAUAUUAACAUAAACGGGAGAGAUAUUUAUUGUUUAUAUUAAUAACUCUUUUAAAACGAGCAUUUAGUUGUUAGAUAUGAAGUUUCAGGAUACAAACCAGAUUAGUUUAGAUUUUCUGUCUAUGAAGAUUUUUCAGACACUUCAAAAUAGCCUUUAUAUGAAGUAUAUAAUUAGAAAUCUCACAUUUAUAACCUCACAGCUACUAAGUAACAUGAAUACAAAGUAUGCUUUUAAUCUCUUGAUAAUUCUGGAAAGAUUUUAUAGUUUGAGCUAAAUAGAAUAAACAACUCUGCUGAUGAUAGCUAUGCAGAUGAUAAAAAAUUAUAGUAAGCUUAUAAUGAAUCAGUUUAGGCAUACUAUACACUUAACGAUAUUUACACUAAUAUGAGACAUACAUUAUUAAGACUAGAAGUCUAAGAUAAGAUUUUGGAGUCAACAGAAAGUAAAGUAAAAUGGUGCAGUAUUAUUAAAAUGAUUUUGAUGAUAUCAAUUACAACUAUCUAGAUAGUUUUUUUAACUGGUCUUUUUAAAGAUUCAAGCUAUUAAGGAAUUUGA